AGUCAGCUCAGUGUGAGCCUGGCCGCUGUGGUGAAGAGAGGCGCUGGCACGCACGCUGCAGUCGCCCCCUUCUCUCUCUUUCUCUCUCUCUCUCUCCCUCUCUUUCUCUCAGUUACCGGUGCUCUAAUUGAAAAGAAAGUACAAAAACCACAAUGAUCUUGGUGGGCUUUUGAUUAUGAGUAUCUCGUGAACAUUGGGUUGUUCUGUGAAUCGAUCUGCGGGCGGGUGGGCCUAUGUACUGCGGCAUGGUACAACAGUAUACAGCAUGCCCGCACUCCUCGAGGACGCCAGGCUAAGCGGUGUGCGCCACUUGACUGGGGUGCAGUCGAAGUUGGUGGAAGCGGCAGCGAUAAGCCUUGUUAAACCAGUAACGCGGCAACAAAGCUCACUGUGUCCCCUGCACCACCACUCAGGUCACCCAGCUGUGAGUGGAGGACAAACACUAACACGUGCAACAAGUACCUUGCUUCUCAAGAAGAAGAAAAAUAAAACAAGUUUCAUGAUACACAUGUUUGUUCGUUAAGUGCGCGAAUAUAGUAUAAAAUAGAAAAAAAAUACACGUUUUCCGUGAUAAAUGUGACGUAGGAAUUAUAUAUUUCUAACUAGACGGCGGCAAGGGCGUGGCGCCAGCGUUGUGGUGACGGGGUGAGCGGCUGUGCGGGGACGUGGUGGAGCACGCUGGGUCGUGAUUCACCCUGACGGCUGUAAGCUAUUAUUAAAAGAAACAUUUUUUAUUACUAUGAACUUUUCGUGCAUAGAUAAGGGUCCUCCUAAAACUGGAGUAAAAUUGUGCGUGAUUGUAAAUUUGAAGUUAAUUCGUGGAAAAUACAUGAAAUUUGAAAUGCACAUUUGUUUGAAAGGUUAAUAAGAAAAAAAAAUGCUUGUAAAAAGAAGUGCAAAUAUUUGUGAAAAUGAAGGAGUGAAGCGGUGAGAGUGUGACCUUAGGUUUGCAUGACCUGCCAGCGUGAUGGGUGACCCCUCUCGACUGGAUGGAAGCAUACCGGGGUCAGACAUCCCAGGCGGAGUGGUGACGUUGACCCCGGCCACCACGAAGCGGGUGUUCAAAGAGUUCCUCAGCACGGUGCUGAAUGACCUAGUGCGACAGCCACCCUCCAAGUCAGAAGUGGUCAAUGUCACCGCCAUCAUGGAGGAGUUGUCGACCCACGCCAAGACCACGUCCGAGUCCCCCACGCCCGUGCUCUUCUUCGCCCGGCCAGAGUCACCCGACACUCUGGCGUUGGCGCUGGAGGGGUCGUGGGCCGUGGUGGUGAUGACGGCGCUGCUGAUCGGCAAGUGCGUGACCACGACUCCUAAAAGCUCCUGCGCUGCCUCGCCCACGCUGCUUCACGGUCACGGGAUCCGAACACUGGUGCUGCUGCUGCUCACGCUUACCCAGGCGGGGGCCUGCGGCGAGGCAGCACUCAGGUACCACCACUCCCAAGCCCCUCACGUCCUGCUCAUUCCCGCUCACGUCCUCGCCCUGGUCACCACCCUCCUCACCUGGAUUCUCUAUCACCACCUGGAGAAGUGGCAGUGUGGGGGCGGGGUGGGCGUGGGGGUUGGGAUAUGGUCGUGCGGGGCGUGCGUUGGUGGAGUGCGGGUGUGGCAGGCGGUGGGCUUGGGGGGAGUGCCGCCCAUGCUGGUGUAUCCCACGCUCAGUCUGGUUUGCGGGGUGCUACAGUUACUUCUCUGCUGCCUGGACGUUGUUGCCUUCCUGCACUGGGUACACAAGCGGCGCCACACGCAGGUGCUGGAAAUCACCCCAGGAAAGGGCGAAGGUUGUGCCGCAGCGGGGGGCGAGGCGGGGAGCGGAGGCAGCCUUGCUUACCGCCACCCCCACGUAGGGCUCCCUUCCCGCGGCACCUUCUUUUGGUACCUCCACUUGCUGCGGCUUGGCUGGCAGAGACCUCUAACCUACUCCGACCUGGGCAGGCUGCCCCGGGAGGAAGAGGCGAGGUACCAGCAUGAGAGACUGCUUGGCCACUACCUCAAGGAACAGAACAGCCUCGGAGUGGGCAAGUCUCCUUCACUGUGGCGGGUAUUCUUCCUCACCUACUGGAGGGAGAUGGCACUCGGGGGACUCUUCAAGCUGCUGGGGGACUGUGUGAACGUGGUGGGACCCUUGGCCAUCUCCCUCAUCGUGACCUACGUGACGCAGAUGCAGGAGGGUACCCUGGUGAAUGAAGGCUUGGUGGUGGACAAGCUGUACUACGUGGGAUGGAAGGAAGCGGCGAGAAACGGGUGGAUAGUAGCUGGCGUGGCCCUGGUGGCUGCCCUCGCCCAGUCCACCUUCAGCCAGACCUCCACGCACCUGGUGGCCAUGGAGGGCAUUCACGCCAAGGCCGCCCUGCAGGUCAUGAUUUACAACAAGACUCUGCGGCUGCCCUCCGCCACCACGCCGCCAUCAGCGCCAGACGGAGGGGCUGACGCAUCCAGUACGCGGAACGGAACCAUGACAGGGAAAGGCAAGGACGGUGGAGGGACGUCGGCGGCAGGAGGAGCAGGAGCAACAGGAGGAGGAGGCGUGGGUGCAGCAGGGCGUGGAGGAGGCGGCGAGGCUGGGGAAGGAGGACAGGACGCUGGCACCAUCAUUAACCUGACCUCAGAAGACUCAGACAAUAUCCUGACCUUCUUUAUGCACUGUCACUACAUCUGGGCCAUUCCUCUGAAGGUCUUGGUGAUCAUGGCACUGCUGUGGGUGCAGCUGGGGACCUCCGCUGUGGUGGCCGCCGUCGCCGCCAUCCUGCUGCUCACGCCACUGCAGUUCCUCCUUUGUCGGCGGAUAGCGGAGACCAACAAGUCCUUCCUGACUGUGAGUGACGAGAGGCUGCGGCGAACGUGUGAGGUGCUGGCGGCGGCGCGGCUGGUGAAGGUGCAUGGGUGGGAGGAUGUGUUUCUGCGCAAGAUCACCGCCGUCAGGAAGAAGGAACUCGCCCUGCUGCACCGUGACUCUCUCUUACGGGCCUUCAUGACCUUCCUGACGCAGGCGGCGGGGGUGCUGGUGUCGCUCGUGACCUUCGGGCUGUACACGCUGGUGGAGGGCAGGCCGCUGGAGGCUGGCCGCGUCUUCUCCGGCCUGGCGCUCUUCAACCAGCUGACGGUGCCUCUGUUCAUCUUGCCAAUCAUUCUCUCCCACACUAUUAGGGCCAAGAACAGCGUACGUCGACUAGAGUUCUUCUUUCAAACCCCCGACGUGGAGGGUCCCCGCACCCCCCUCACCCCCAUUACCCUGAGGACGAGACGUGGGGGAGGUGCGGGGUGCCAUGCGGAGUGCAGGGAGGGAGGAGGGGGAGCAGCAGGAGAGAAAGGACCAAAGACUAAUGGUAGAGGAACAGGAGGAGCAGGAGCAGGAGCAGGAGGAGGAGAAGGAGGAGGAGGAGGAAAAGGAGGAAAUGAGACGCCAGAUUCCAAGACAUCCAGACUGUCACGAGUCACAGAGGAAAGUCGGCCCACCUCCGCCUGCUCCCUCCUUUCCUCCACUGCGUCGCGGGAGGAGGAGGAUGACGACGACGAUGAGGAUGACGAGGAGAGCAACGAAGAGAAGGACAAGAGUGAGGUUUUCAGCACGUCAGCUCAGGGCAGUGGGGAGGCAGAGACGGAGUGCUGGAAAAAAAAAGGUGAGGGGCUGGUAACGGCUGACGAGAGGCGACAAGCGGCAGUGAGCAUCCAGUGUGGCAGCUUUGCGUGGCCUCCUCUCGGUCGCUACCCAGCUCUCGAGGACAUCAGUGCUCAGGUGCCCACAGGAGGACUCACUGUGGUGCUGGGUGCUGUGGGAGCCGGAAAGACAUCCUUCCUGCUGGCGCUGCUGGGAGAACUCUGCACCGUGAGAGGACAGCUGCGGUGGUACGGAGAGAUGUCCGUGGCGUACGCACCUCAGCAGCCGUGGCUCCAGAACGCUUCCUUGCGAGACAACAUUCUCUUCGGCCGCCGCUACCUGGCUCGGCGCUACAACAGAGUCCUCACCGCCUGCGCCCUCCACCCUGACGUCAAGAUCUUGCCGCAGGGGGACCUGACGGAAAUAGGCGAGCGGGGCAUCAGCUUGUCAGGCGGCCAGCGUCAACGUGUGGCCCUGGCUCGAGCUCUCUACAGCGACGCGCGCACGGUCAUCCUGGACUCUCCCUUCUCCGCGCUGGACUCCGGCGUGGCUGGCCGUGUGUGGGAGGAAGGGGUGCUGGGGCUGCUGCUCCGCCGACGUCGCACUGUUAUCCUCGCCACACACCUUACACACUUCUCCCGCCGCGCCCAGAAGAUCAUUUACUUGGAAGGAGGGCGAAUCUCAGUCCAGGGAAGUCCUUUAGAGGUGUCUCGGAUGGCGCCGGAGCUGUGGCAGAGGUGGGGCGGCGGGAGCGACAAGCAAGGGAAGCAGGGCACGCCGGAGGGAGCAGGGGGCGAGGGGCGCACGGCCAGGGAGAGGUGGGCUUUGGUGAGGCUCGUGUCCCGCCUGGCGCUGCGGAAUAACUCCAGAAAGGGAUCACGACGGGGCAGUGCUGACGAGCACAACGCCGAGGACCACGAAGACUACCUGGGGGGCGGCCAUAGCAGGGCGGCGCGGCAGUACAGCAUGAACAGAGAGGUGCCCCACAGCGCCCUCCUGCCUGGAGAUGAGUAUGUCUACCUGCCGCCUGCCCUCACGCCGCUCCUGCCGCCUCACCCUCUCCUUCACCCCUCCUCCUCCACCACCUCCACCUCUAAUAAGCUUCAGCUCUUCCGCAUCAAGUCAAGCGCUCCAGCAUUUGGCCGCAAGUCGUCCCAGGUGGAGCGCGUGAGGCAGGUUCCUCGUCACGCCCUCAGUCUGCCUCCCCAGCCACGCCCUGCUCCGACACGGCCUCGCCCUCCAGCCCAGCCUCUCCUCAGCCGGCUUCUCUCCUCCGCGUCCCUUAGCAGGUCAAUGCGGCGUACGAGCAACACUCAGAACGAAAAAUGGAACUUGGGUCGCCUCUUCGCGCCUUCUACAGCCUUGGAAGAGGACCUGGAGCUGGAGGAGGAGGUACCCGUCGAGGAGGAGGUGGAAGAAGAUGGGAAGUUAGUGGAGGAGGAGCAGGAGGAGAGAGGCAGAAGUGUAUCCUCCGCCUGGAAUUACCUAGUGUACCUGAGAGCCUGCGGGGUGAGCUUAGGACUGGCGUACCUGCUGUGUGCCCUGGCUGGUCAAGGAGUGAGCGUGCUGCUGGACUUCUGGCUGGGACGCUGGACUGGGGAGGCGAGUCGCUGGGAAGAGACAAGACAGGCAAACGAGACCAGCGAGGAGGCGAUGCAGGAAUUCGUAGAGAGGACGAUGCGUUCCUAUUAUCACAUCUACGCCAUACUGUCCGGUAUCUCCGUGGUGCUGUCCCUAUCCACCAACCUCCUGGGGCAGCUGGCGGCGGGGCGAGGACGUAGGAACCUCCACCAAGGCAUGCUGGGCGCCCUAGUGAAGGCUGCCCCGAGGUUUCUGGAUGACACGCCCGCCGGCAGACUCCUUAACCGCGUCACCACCGACACUGCCAUGAUAGAUAAGGAGUUAGCGCGGUCAGUCACCCACUUGCUGUUCUUCGUGCUGCUGGUGACCUCUGCUGUCCUCGUCAACGCCAUCGUCACGCAUGCCUUCCUCGCCGCCGCCCUGCCCAUCUUCCUCCUCUACUACGCUGUUCAGAAGUUCUUCCGCUGCUCCUCAAGGGAGCUGAAGCGCCUGGAGAGCCUAUCCCGCUCACCGCUGCUCAGCCACCUGGGGGAGAGUGUGAGUGGUGCCUGCGUGGUGCGCGCCUACGGGCAGGAGCGAAGGUUCCAGCAGGUGUUCCUCCAUCGUUUGGACACCCACCUGGCGGCCUUUAUUCUUCUGCACGCUGGCAAUCGCUGGCUUGGGAUUUGCUUGGACUACAUCGGCGGGAUCAUUGUGUUCUGCGCCACCGCCGCCUCCUUACUGGGCUCGGCGACUGGCCUGACGCCGCGACUCACGCCUGACAUGGUGGGUCUGGCCAUUAACUACACUCUUUUGGUGCCCGUCUACCUCAACUGGGUGGUUCGGUUCCUGGCAGACACCGAAAUGGGCCUGUGUGCCGUGGAGAGGGUGCACCACUACGCCAGUCUACCCGCCGAGGAGGACGACGACCACCACGACGAAGGCGAGGAUGAUGAGGACGAAGAUGAUGAUCAAAGGAAAAGCAAAAGUCACCCUGGUUUUGCUGAUGAUGUUGAGUCAGCUCAGCGCUACCGCCGCCGCCCCAGCCAGAUCAGCUUCAAGUCAUGGCGAUCAGGUCAGGUCGCCUCUGGGUUACCUCCGGGCUGGCCACUGGAGGGACAAGUCGAGUUCCGCAACGUGACUCUGAGACAUAACCCGAGCCGCCCUAUCGUCUUGAGCGGCCUCAACUUCGUCAUCAGGCCCGGAGAGAAGGUCGGGAUUUGCGGACGAACCGGUAGCGGGAAGAGCACACUGGCACUCGCUCUCCUUCGGGUGGUGAGGGCAACGCGAGGCUCCGUUCUGAUUGAUGGCACCGACCUCCGCCAUGUGCCCCUUCACAUUCUGCGCGCCUCGACCUCCCUCAUCCCUCAGGACUCCCAGCUCUUCUGUGGCACUGUCAGGUUUAACUGUGAUCCCCUGGGCCAGGCCACGGAGCAUCAGGUGUGGCGCGCGCUGGAGGCUGUGCAGCUGAAGGACCUUGUGUCUGCCCUCCCCGCCGGCCUUGAUAGCGAGGUGGUGGAGGGAGGGGCCAACUUCAGUGUGGGCCAAAGACAGUUGUUCUGCGUGGCCCGAGCGUUGCUGCGCCGCUCCUCCCUGCUUAUCCUAGACGAGGCCACUUCCGCCCUUGAUCCACCCACCGAGGCGGCGCUUCACCAUGCCCUCACACAUGCCGCCGCACACGCCACUGUCAUCACCAUUGCUCACGGACGGAAGAGCCUCAUGACGCUGCCCCGAGUGUUGGUGCUGGAGGACGGGCAGCUGGCGGAGGACGGUGACCCACAGGUGCUGGCACGGAAAGCAGACGGGCCCUUCGUCCGGCUGCUAUCCAGCACCACUGACCCCGCCGACACUGCCAAGCCCAGCAGCAAUCACCUCAUGGAGAACGGGGCAAGAAGGGUCCUGUACAGGGUGUAGGUCCUGCAUCCGCCUGGUGACUCCUUAAGGAUCUUCCAUAUGCACAGUGACGAAUAUGUGACUUUAGAUUGUUUCUCAAGUAAAGUUUUGUCACUUUACGUACAGAAGCGUAGAAUGAGGCUUUUCUCUCUUAUCUUUGCACAAGAAAAGUGUCUCACUUCUGUGGAACGUUCUUACAUUCGUGUAACCGUUCCUAUUCCACCUUGAGAACAAACAAGUAUUCCAGGGAAAAGCCGUGGAAGAGUAUGAAGAAUGACCUGAAAGGGUAAGAAUGUGGAAGUGUAUUAUGUGAUAUCAACCUUGUGAUAGAUACGUAAGCUUUAUUUUAUAUAUUUAUGAUAAUUUUGUUAGAAAAGACAAACAUUUUUUUAGAAAUAGACACUCGUUCUACGUAUUUAUUUUAAAGUGUGUGUGUGUGUGUGUGUGUGUGUGUGUGUGUGUGUGUGUGUGUGUGUGUAUUCCGUGUUGGAAUUAUUUUUGUAAGUGUUGAAGUGUGCUCCGCAAAGGUAACAUUCAUAACUGAAAGUCAUUACUUUUUGUUACCACUGUUACUGCGGCACUGACCCGACAGGGAGGGAUAAGGGCAUAUUAGCAGACUGUACCAUCACUGACAGUGAGACAACCCACAUCAGUAGACAAAGAAGGCUUAUUACACAUAGUUUCAGUGAUCCUCUCCACGGUACAUGCGAUCACCGAAACCGUCUGCAAUAUUCGUACUUUCUAAGUUGUUCAGGUGUGGUGUUUCUUCUCCAGCAUAUCAGGUGAUAACAGUUUUGAUCUAUUCUUAAGUAAGUAUUAUUUGUGGAUGAUUUUAAGAUUAUUGUAUUCAUAAAGUUUUACGUGAAGCGUCGAAAAUGUGUUAGACUCGAGCUGCUGUGAUCUGAGUAGUCAUGGCACUAGUUCGAGUAUUGUAAAUAAACCACUAAGUUUCACUUAA